CACUGCUGUGUGCUGUCCGUCUACGCACGACAUGAUAUCGAGGCGAGUGAUAGCGGCCAAGCCAUGGCAGCACCAUCUGGGCAAAGGGCGAGCAUGCCGGUCAUUCGCCGCGAGCGGUGGUGGGGGGGAUGGCACGCCAGCAGUCAAGGUGUUCGAUCGCACGGCGAAACGACGCCAACGGGACCGAGCCGCGGCCGCUGACUGGGAGGGAGAAUUCGACUACCUGAGGGAGCACAUCGCAAGGGUCCUCGUGGAUAGAAUAGAGGACAUCUCGAGAGAGUUUCCACGAGCGCUCGAUGUCGGAGCGCACGCUGGACACAUCUAUAACGCCAUUUGUGAAAAGCCGGGGUUGAACGGCAAGGGCGGGGUCGGGGGCGUCGAGCACUUGACGCAGUGCGACAUAUCCGAGAAGGCCUUGCUAAGGGGGGCCAGCUCCAGCCGCUCCCGGCAAGAAGAAAGUCGUAGGGGGGCAGCGGCGGGGGAGGAAGGAUCUGUGGAGGUUGAUACUUGCUGCGUCGUAGCGGACGAGGAGUUCUUACCGUUCGCCCCGGCGUCUUUCGACCUCGUCCUCAGCAACCUGGCUUUGCACUGGGUCAACGAUCUUCCGGGCGCGCUGGGGCAAAUCAAGCAGGUCCUCAAACCAGACGGGGCAUUCAUCGGUGCGAUGCUCGGCGGCUCAACGCUGACAGAGUUGCGGAGCUGUCUGCUCCUCGCCGAGCAGGAGCGUGAGGGGGGUCAGUCGAUUCACACGUCACCGUCUGCGCACGUGGCGGACUGCGGGAGCCUGCUGCAAUCCGCGGGGUUCUCGCUGCCCACCGUGGAUCAGGACACCGUUCGGGUGGGAUACCCGAACGCCUUCGUCUUGAUGGAACACCUACAGGGGAUGGGCGAGUCGAACGCCGCCAUGAACACCCGGCCACGGGUCAGCAGAGAAACCAUGCUCGCGGCAGCGGCGGCGUACCAAGAGCUGUACGGAGAAGACGAUGGCACCGUGCAGGCCACCUUCCAGGUGGUGUACAUGAUCGGGUGGGCGCCACACGAGUCUCAGCCACAGCCGAAGCGGAGAGGUUCUGGCCAGGCGAGGAUUGGAGAUGUCACCGUCACGCAGUCGAAACCCCCUGAGAUUUGAGAUAACAAGGCUACGCGGGCCAUUCAUCUGAUGGCUCUUUGCCUCCGAUUGUCGGCUUUUGCCGGCGCUGUGGGUGGGAGUAGUCGAAAGAGAAAGGGCAAUCGAUCGGCGCCUCUCUCUUAAAAAAUAUCCGUGACCGCCACUAGUGGGCACACUUGAGCGUUGAAGCAGGGUUGUUUGACGGGUUGCGGACACACCGUCACAGCAGGUGCUGUUGCGGGCGUCGCGUAUCUCAUGGAAGUGGCAGGCCAAUUCGAAGCGGUGGACCCCUCAGUUGGGAUGGCUUCGCGAAAAUGUGUACGUUCACCAUUACCCAUUUUAUGGGAUAGAAUGUGCCUUGUCGGUAUCCUCUUGUACGAAUCCCGGCGCAGUCGCGAGGGCAAUGUCCACAACUGCGUUCAGAAAUGCUCUCGGCGGCUGUUAUGUAAGAUCAAUCAGAUCACUCCCGCCAAAUUUUGAUCGAGGCAAAGCCCGCCGAAAC